AUGAUAGAGAAAAAUAAAGAGAAUACUAGGACUCUUAAUGCACAAGUUGGUACUAUGAGUGCUCAAAUGUUCUCCAUAGCCGAGAUUCUCUCAAGGUUGACCCUACCUCCUACCAACAAUACCAACACCAACCAAGCCUCUAGCCCACCUAGCCUUCAUUCUCAACCUAUCCCAAACCCAAGGGGUAGCAUCAAUGCAAUCACCUUGAGGAGUGGUACAACGCUUGAGGAAGUUGAACCCAAGCCCAUCAAGUUAGUGGAGGAUGUUCCUAAUAUAGAAGUUGGUGAAACAAUAGAGAUAGAUGAAUAUGAAAAGGAGGAAGAAGUUGCAAAGGAAGAAGAAGAACAAUUGAGGGCCAAGGAACCGAAGCGGAAGAACAACUCAGAGGAACAAAUACCUAUACCACUCUUUGAUGCCAUACAUCAAGUUCCGAAAUAUGCUAAGUUCCUUAAGGAUGUGUGCACUCAUAAAGAGAAGACUGGUGGACUAAGGAUGAAUCUAUUAGGUAAUUCUGUUUCUUCUGUGAUAGAUGAUUUUCCUGAAAAAUAUAGUGAUCCCGGUCCUUGUUUGGUAUUUUGUAUGAUUGGUGAGAUUCAACUUAAGGAUUGCAUGUGCGACCUAGGGUCGUGUGUGAGCAUUAUGCCACUCUCGAUUUAUGAGAAGUUGAACCUUGCACCGUUGAGGCAAUCCGGAGCUAGGUUUGUGCUUACAGACAAGAGUAUAGUUUCAGUUGUGGGUAUUGCUGAGAAUGUAUUGGUGAGAAUUCAGGAUAUAAUAUUUCCGGUGGAUUUUCAUAUCCUAGAGAUACCUUCCAUUGAUUCGGAUAGGCCAUCCUCCAUCUUACUUGGGAGGCCAUUCUUGAAGACAUCCCGGUUUAAAUUAGAUGCAUUUUCGGGGGAUUACUCAUUUGAAGCCAAAGGGAAGGUGGUGAAGUUUAAAUUGGAGGAAACCAUGAGGCAACCUCUAGAGGUGCAUUCAAUUUUUGGUUGUGACAUUGCUGAAGAUGAUGUAAUUGAAGAACACUUUGGAAGUGAUGAUGAGAUAAUUGUCAAUAGAAACUUGGGUAUAAGAGGACUUAGCAAGGAAAAGGGAAAGGAUCCACAACUUCCACAUUCUCAAGCAAACAAGGCACCCAAUCAUGGUUCAACUAACAAGUGGAAGCAUCUUCCCUUAAAGGACAUUCUUACCAAGAGCAACAAGAAGGGAAAGAUAGAUGUCCUUGAGGAUAUUCCAAAAAGAUGA